GGCCGCUACAAGCUCCUGGACGCCUCUAGAUAAACGUGUGCAGUCUCUUGCCGUUGCGUCAUUGCAUUCGUUCGAAACUUCUCUUCCAAACUCUCAAAUCUUCCGUCUCUAGGCCCUAGCCUCAGUCUGCCUGCUUCUUUCUUUGCGGAAUACCCACGAAUUAUAUUUAAGCCUCGUUUAAAGGGCUGUAAUUAUGAGCAGCGAUCUCUCAUAUGGAAACAUCACUGUUGCUCAAAAGAAUCAAGAAGUCUUGACCAAAGCUUCCGAGCAAGAUCAAAAGCCAAAAAAGAAGAUUUGCUGUGCAUGUCCUGAAACUAAGAAGUUACGAGACGAAUGUAUAGUAGAGCACGGUGAAGCUGCAUGUACCAAGUGGAUUGAGGCCCAUAAGCAAUGUCUUCGCGCAGAGGGCUUUAAUGUCUGAUGAAGAGUCGGCAUUAAAGUAUUGAAAACUCGUCAAACUUUGCGAGAUAGGUAGUUUUUUCUCAGAUUUAUACACAAUUUAAAUACAUUCAUUUGAAUAAUGUAUCAAAACGAUUUUGAGACAAUUACACUUCUGUUCUUUAAUGGGAAGCAUUUCUUGAUAUUCAAGUAGACAUCACGAUAUUGCAUGCUAAAUUAUGCCUUUCUUUCCCUGAUUCUUAACCGUCUUGAAUUACUUAUUGAAAGACGAUUUCUCUGUUAGUCGUGCAUCGAUUACAGUCUCAUUUUCUGUUAAUCAUGCGACUUCGUUUCUGAGUGGCUUCAUGUAUAGUGUUGGCCCAUAAGCCC